AUGACCCGCGCUUCAAAGUCCUAUCGCUCCACAACUCCCAAGGAGACUAGGGAGACCAAGGCGGAGAAGGCAAAGAGAUUGGAGAACUAUCGCGUCGCCAAAGCUCAAGCCAAGAAGUUUGUGAUCCCCGGAAUAAUUGCAAUCAUCGCCUCACUCUUCUUUCUCUUCGUCUCCAUGUACGGUUUCAAGGGCACAAAAAUGGACAACAUCGUCGCCCGUGGCCGUUCAGGAUCCGAUCAGCUCUUUGAACAAGCGAUAAAGAAUCUCGAGAAUAGUUUUGGUGGGAUGAAGGACCCCCAGGAGGCGACUAGGGAGGAAUUGAAGGCCCAGAUCUUUAAAGCCUUGAAGCAAGGGGAUGACAAGUGGGACCAGGAGCAUCCGGAGAGUGCUGAGAAGGAUUAUGAAUCUGCUGUUGUUGGUGGUGCGAAGGAGGAGGUUGUUUUGGAGUAG